AUGAGUAUGCUUUCUGCUGAAGUCGCGGAAUGGGGCGCUGUACCAAAGCCCAUGAGGAUCCUCCCUCCUCCCGCUCCCAUCCACGAGGAAGAAGUCGAGAUUCGAGUCCUCGCUACAGGCCUUCACCAACUCGUCCGCACCCGAGCCGCGGGCAAGCACUACACCUCGACCUCUCUCCCCCACGUCCCCGGAGUCGACGGCGUCGGCGUCAACGUCUCGACGGGGAAGAAGUCCUACUUUACCACUCUCACCACUGGUGAAGGCACCUUUGCUGAGAUUGUCAAUGUUCCUGUUGAGGAUGUUACGGAGCUGCCUGAUGGUGUUGAUCCUGUUGUUGCGGCUGCGCUUAUGAACCCUGUCAUGAGUAGCUGGAUGGGACUUAAGAAGCGAGUAGAUUUUCUCAAGGAUAGGAAAGGCAAGGAGGGAAAGCCUUGGAAGGUCCUCAUCAUGGGAGCUACGAGUGCAAGCGGGAAAAUCGCCAUCAAAGUUGCCCGCACUCUCGGAGCAACACAAGUCGUCGGCGCGGCUCGCAAUAAGGAUGCUCUCGCCGCACUUCCUCUCGACUCGACCAUCGUUCUUCAAGAUCCGCCUACAUCCACCGACUUUUCCGCAGCGGCGGACGCUGACGUGGUACUUGAUUACCUCUACGGUCCAUGGCCAGCAGCAUACUUAACAAGCGCCUCAACAGCCUCAGCAAAGAACGCCCUCACAUGGGUAGGGAUCGGCGCCAUGGCCGGCGACGGAGCCGAGAUCCCCGCAGCGGGCCUCCGACGACGAGACGUCAGUGUCCGGGGUGCGGGACCGGGGGCCUGGAAGCUGGAGGAGUACGCGGCCGAGGUGCCGGGGAUGCUGAACGUGCUUGUCGGGGAGGGCGAUGAGGGGAUUCGAAGGGUCAAGAUGGAGGAUGUUGAGGAGGGGUGGAAGAGUAAGGAGAAGGGGAGAGUCGUGUUUGUGUUUGGGGAUGAGGCGGUUUGA